CGGCGAGACUCCACCCGUCAUCGCCUUUGAUGCUCUGCAGUACUCGCAGAACGCACAUAACGACUCAUGUCUUCUUCAGAACUCUCUCGCAGACCCGCCUCGCUGCGUGCUGAAGUGAAGGAUGAACAACCCAACUCAAGAGUGUCGUCUAGUCAACCCUCUACCAUUCACCCCGCCAUCAGACCCAAGUCAACAAGUCUAUUGGGAUGGCUCAGAGGGAUCGGUUCGGGUAUGUCCAAGGACAUAAUGGCCAGAAUACCGUUCUACCUGAGUGAUUGGACCGACGCCUGGAACUAUCGAGUGAUACCAGCGACUGCUUUGAUUUUCUUUGCCAACGUUCUUCCUGGAAUUGCGUUCUCUUUGGAUCUCAUUGAAACGACCAAUCAAUACGGAGUGUCCGAAGUUCUGCUGUCCUCAUUCAUGGCGGCCUUCGUGUUUUCUGUCUUUGGUGCACAGCCGCUGACCAUUGCGGGAGUGACGGGACCGAUCACUGUGUUCAACAAAACGAUCUUCACGAUCACUCAAGGAGCGAAGGACAGGCCGGACUAUCUGCACUUCGUCGGUUGGGUGUACCUAUGGGCUGCCAUUCUGCACUGGAUCACGGCGGCUCUGAACUUCUGCAACUUCCUAAAAUAUGUGACAUUGUUUCCCUGCGAUACAUUUGGAUUCUACGUCGCUUGGGUGUACCUGCAGUAUGGUGUCCAGGUGCUGACACGACAACUCGACGGGAACCCGCAGAACGCGCCAGGGCCGCUCGUCUCGAUCGUUGUCGCGCUCCUGAUGCUCGUGACAUCAUUUCUCUUCCAGUCGCUGUCGGCCCAGAACCUGUUUCAUCGACACACGCGCCGAUUUCUCGCAGACUACGGCAUGCCCAUAUCCUUGAUCGCAUCCUCCGCCAUGGCGUACUGGGGCCGUUUCAACGCCGCGAAUACAGCCACCCUUCCCGUCGGAGCCGCAUUCCAGCCUGCCGGAGGGAGAGAGUGGCUGGUCAAAUUUUGGGAACUGGAUGGGAAAUGGGUCGGGAUCGCCUUCCCAUUUGGAUUCAUUCUUUGGGUUCUCUUCUUUUUCGAUCACAACGUCUCGUCCUUGAUGGCUCAGGGCGCUGAAUUCCCAUUGCGCAAGCCUCCUGGAUUCCACUGGGACUUUUUCCUCCUGGGGAUCACGACGUUCAUCGCCGGUUUGCUCGGACUCCCGGCACCCAACGGUUUAAUCCCUCAAGCACCGAUUCAUACGACAUCGCUGCUCGUCAUGCAGCACGGUAGGCCCGAAGCAGACAAGGAAGAUCAGAGAUCAGAUAGCUUGGACUUCGUUGAGCGACCGAUAGCCGUUGUGGAGCAGCGUGUCUCCAAUCUCGCUCAGGGGGCACUCUGUCUGGUGCUUCUCACCGGUCCUUUCCUGCAUGUGCUGCAUCUGAUCCCUCGCGGAGUUCUGGCUGGCCUGUUCUGGUUCAUGGGAGCCGAUGCGCUGCGUGGAAAUGGGAUCACGCAGAAGCUUCUCUACUUUCUCCGUGACAAGCACCUGACACCACCGGACGAACCGCUCAGAAAAGUGCGAAAGUCACGAAUCUUGUUAUUUGUUGGUGUCCAGCUUGUCGGAUUCGGCGCUACUUUUGCCAUCACACAAACCAUCGCGGCGAUCGGUUUCCCGGUGGUCAUAAUGCUCCUCAUCCCUCUGCGAGUGUGGAUCGUCCCACGAUUGCCGUUCACAGCCGAAGAGCUGGCCAUCCUUGAUGGUCCAACGGCAUCCCCUUUCGUAAGCUCGUUUCCUGGUCUGCUUUCUGUUGCUCACGGCGGAUUGUCAGACCAUGGAAUCCGUAGGAGGAACACUAUCUUAGACGCUUCUAUUUAUCUACACGGCGAUCGUGCAGGAUUCUACCAGGAUCCGACGACCUACACUCCAACUGGGACGGUUAUCACACCUCUGGGCACCCAACAAGAACUGCAAUUGGGAUCGAUCUUGCGCUCGAGAUACCUGAACGCAUCCUCGCCGCUCUUCGUCCGGGGGAUCAACUCGAGCCUGGUCAAUGCGAACCAGAUCCACGUACGGGCUGAUGCGGGCGGUGAGUCGGGCGUCAUAUACGAUUCGGCUGUGGCCAUGCUACAAGGGCUGUUCCCUGCAAACGCCAACUACACGACGAGCCUUUCCAACGGAUCCGUUAUCGAAGGAGCGGAGAGCGGCUACCAGUAUGUCCCCAUCGAAACCGUGGAAACCAACAACGAUGUCUCGCUUGAAGGUUGGACCUCCUGCGGGGCGUUCGACCAGUGGACCAGUGGUUUUUACGCAUCUCCUGCAUUCCAGGCCCAGGCCAACGAGAGCGCGUCCUUCCUGAGUCAGCUUCCGCCCUACCUGGACGGACGGGCAGUCACUCUGGAGAACAUGUGGAAUAUCUACGACUUCAUGAACGUGCAAUCCAUUCACAAUAAGGCGUUUGCUCAAGCGCUGCCUCCGACGUUCCUCGCUCAGGCUCGGACACUUGCAAACUGGCACGAAUACGGAGUUUUCACAUCUCCCCAGCUCAACGGGAUCGGGAACAUCGCUGGCCGGACGAUUUUGCCCCAGAUGUUGCAAGAGCUGCAUAGCAUUGCCAAUGCUUCAGACCCGCUCAAGAUUGCCUACCAGGCAAUUGCAUACAAGCCCUUCCUGUCGCUCUUCAAUAUGACAGGCGUGGCGGAACAGAACCCGGAGUUGGCUGGAAUCGUCAACUACGCGGCGGCGGUGGCGUUAGAAGUUCGCCAGCCUUCGGAUGGAAGCGAGGCUGUCUUGCGGUUCAAUUUCAAGAACGGCACAGGCCAGGACUUUGUCACCUACAACUUUUUGGGCUCCACAACGGACGUUCCGAUCUCCACUUUGGUCCAACACGUCAACGCAACGAUGAUUAACACCACGAUCCAAUGGUGCAAUGCCUGUGGAAACAACGCGAAUCGGGGCUGCGGAGAACUGGCCCUCGCCGCAUCGCAAGCCAGCGCCGUCGCCGUUGCUGGAUUCCACAGCCACCAUGACAGAAUCAGCCCAGUGGGUGCAGGCUUCCUCGGCGCAGGCCUGACUUUGGCCGUCUUUGCCAUCAUGUUUGGUGUUCUUGCGUUCUUGGGUCUCUUGACGUUCGGUCGCAAACGCUCUCAGCGCUCGAACACUCAAUCUGAAAAGAAGGUGUAAGACACGAAUAGUAAGCUGUACAAGUGUAAAUUGUUGUUCACAAUGUACCGGGAUGUUGGCGGAGAGGCCAUCGCCAACUAGCAGAUAGCUGCC